GUCUCACCGCAAGGCGAGCCCGUGGCGCCCGUUGCCGACGACGAGUGCGGCACUGGCCCUCGGCAACCUCCCGAGGACGUGGGCCCCUUGGUCGAGGACGGGUUGGCCGCUUGUCUGGAGGCGCGGCCGCUGGACGCAGAGGACCCGCCGGGCGCCUCCGCCGACGGCAUCUUCGACAUUGAGCGCGAGUGCGCCGCGCUGGA